ACAGAGGUGGGGCCUCUUUGUGCGCAUGCUCGGUGAGCGUCGCUGCCGUCGCCAGACAGCAACUCACCAGGAUGCUUACUUGGUGAUCGAAUUUCGUCUUGUCAGCGUUACAUCGCCACAAGAUGAAGCUGUCACCUUCUUAGAGUCAAGAAGAGCGAGGAGACAACGUUCGAUGCUGCUCCAGUGAUGGUGGUAUGCUGGUCUGCUUGCCGGCAUCACGGGAUCCCGCCUUCCAGCUUCUCCCCCGCACGCAGAUGAACGCUGGGCUUCAGAAAUGGGGACACUCGACCAGAUCCGCCAGCUGCCCGACACCCGCAGAGUUGGACGCCUUUGCUAAGAAAGUGGCCAACAGUCCUUUGACGAUCCAGAUCUUUCCCAACAGCGUCAAAGUCCCACAGAGGAAGCACGUCCGCCGCACCGUCAACGGGCUCGAUACGUCCUCUUCCCACCAGCGGCAAUCUCCCCAUCCGUCCCAGGUUCGUGCACGAGGAGGCCUGUUGGCUGUGAUCCGCACACCCGCCAAAGAGGCGGUCUGUAGCCGCGGUCGCAACCACCACAGAGCUGCAAUGAAUCCUCACAGCGGCCCGUACGCUGCUCAAAGCACUGUGAACAUUCCCCAACCUGCUGCGCACCUGCAGGCUGCGCCGCAGCCCAGCCGCGCCCUCAAGGAGACUUUUCAUCAUCAGGCCCCGCAGGGACUGGCUCACCCUGUCACCUUACAGCAGCGUGACGCGGCCCCAUCACAUGGGCUUCCGCUUCACCAGAGGCCCACCCCCAACCAGCUUCAGCAGCAUCAAGGCCCGUGCGCUGCAGCAGGUGGGGUUCCGCCUCGUCUUGCUCAUGUGCAGACACUGAAGCAUCAGACGCUGCCAACGUCUCACACGUUACACACUGCCGCAGCCCCGGACCUUUGCCUCAUGCCUGACUCAGGUCCGCUUCCUGGCAUGCAGCACGGCCAAAGGCUUGCUGGCCUGCAGCCCCUCCCCCAGACCUCGGGGACCAUGUCCAGCAGUCUCCAGCAGCUCCCUCCGGGCGCUUAUGGACCACGCAAGCUCCCCGACUCUGAUGCACCCCCGAAUGUAACCGUAUCUACCUCAACCAUCCCUCUAUCGAUGGCCGCCAGCCUGCAACAGAACCGAGCAGGUGACCUGAGCAGCAUCGUGCACCAAAUCAACCAACUCUGUCAGGCUCGUGCCGGCGCCGGCACCACCUCCGUUUGCGAGGGGCAGAUAGCCAACCCGAGCCCCAUCAGCCGAAACCUGCUCAUCAAUGCCAGUUGCAGGGUGUCCAACCCCCAGGUGGGUCUGGUUUCUGGCUCCAGCUGCCUCAUGGCGGGACACCCAGACAUGACGACCUCUCUGCCGCCUAGUGCCGCUAUCCAAUCACAGCUUAGCCUCUCUGCUGCUAACAACGUCCCCGCCUUCUCCACGGAUGCGGUCCACAUCCACCAGCAGCGAGCCUGGAACCAGCGUCACAUGCAGCUGCCCCCUGAGGGAGUCCAUCCCUGCAAGACCCCUCGCAUGGAUCCCCCCUUAGAGAGCACCUUCCCCACCCGGACCCUCGGUUACCCCUGUAAGCAGGCCCGAGCAGACGGGCCCAGACCGCCGUCCCCUGUCAGCUGUCCUGGCGCUCCCACGCCUUAUGCAAACGGUCACUAUGAGCUGAUGUCGUGGGGCGGAGCCUCGGGCGCCACUGACAACACCGGACCACAUGAUGUUCCAGCAGGCUUUCAGGCGGGCCGCAUUCUGGGGGCCAAGUACCGUUUGGGCAAAGAAGGUCUUCCCGGACAGUCCAAGUUGCUGUCCAAUGUGGACUUUUUGGGGGGAGGAGACUUUGUGAUGGGCAGGUAUCAGGAGCCCAACUUGGAGAUGAUUGACAGGUCAGCUGUGGGCCAGCCUCAGGACACCAGACAUGGAGGCGGUGGCGGCGGCCACAGUCUUCAUCCCGCCUAUCGCUAAAAGUCUGAGCAGUUGCAGGGCGGCCAUUUUCUCAGGUCUAUGUGUGUGUGAGAGACUUUUUCAUUUGAGGUUUUAGUGACAUACGCGGUCGCGACGAACUCUUUCCCGCCACACAAACUGUCCUCGUGUGUCACAGUCACUUGGCGCUUUAACAGUAGCAAGUUUUUUCACACAUGUAUGAGCGUGUGGAAAAUCUUAUAGUGCCGCUCAAUAUCUUUACAGCUGUAACCGCCAACUUACUCCACCCGCCUUCCCCAAACUAACUUUGUAUGUGAACUUUUACUCUACUCGCCAUGCGAGUCUUGUCGUCUUUGAGCGCGCUCAGUUACUGUCUUCACUCUCUUUGACCUUCUGCGUUCGAGAACAUGAUCAGACAAAGAUAGUGAUAGGGUGGAGGCAUUGUCACCAAAGUUUUGACCAAAAUACUUGAAGGGCGUGUCGGCCAUUGUUGCCCCCGCCCCUGGUUUCCGCGGCAUCAGUACACUGUCGCCAUCUUGGAAGCUCCACUGUGGAGAAUAACUCUUGAUUUGGAGGCGAAGUCUCACACUGACUGGAUGUAAAGUAGCAACUUGUCCCUUUUGGUUUGACACGUGCACACACACGUGCAAGCUGCUUGUAUGACUACUGUUUGUGUGUGUGUGUGUGUAUGCGUGCGUACACGCAGCCAUGUGAAGAGACGCAUUUGAUUUUGAGGAAUGAAUCCAAAGCUAAUCGGAGCGAGAUUUUGUGAAAAUGUGAUAUUCCAGAUUAGGGACCUUCAGGAAUAAAAGGCAUUGCCCAUCAAAAUAAAGUUUUGCUAACACAGCAGCUCAGCGUUUUUGUUGUGCCUUGGUCUGUGGUCAGCAACCCACAGCACCAGAGCCACAUGUGGCCCUUCAGCCUCGUUGUUGUGGCUCCCUUUGCAAUGCUCGAAUAUUUUUUAACACCCGAGUAGAGAGAAUGCACGUCUUUGUAAUGAGUUAAAAUAAUCCAACUUUGUGUGAGACCAUGAAUGCAUCCUGACUGAGUUCUGAGUAGUGAUUGGAUGAGCACGAGGAAGGCAGGGGAAGACAGUGUUUGGCUGCCUGCGUUGGUUGAGAUGUGACAGACGUGUAUUCCCCCCAAUGUUGUAAAGUAAUAUCAAUAUACCCCCCCUUACAUUUAUGCUUAAUGUGUGUCAUUUAUUUCAAAGUAUAUAUGAAUAUGUAAGUGAUCAUCCCUGCAGGCUCCAACCAAUAAUCACACCUGAUCGAUGAGCAUAUGCAUGCACAUCCAGUGAAAUAGAGAUAAUCUUAAAAACAGCAGCAUGGGAGAGUAAACCAAUCAUUCAUGUCUACAGUAAUUUACACAUACAUUUAUGUAAGUUCAUCUCCAAUACUAGCAAGAGUACUCCAUCAACUCAUCUUUUCUUAUUUGAACUACUUUGAUACCCCAAAAUUCCCUUCAAAUUUUCAAACUCCAAACUCCUAAUUAGCUCUGCAUGUGAACUCAUCACAGCUGUUGGUCGCCAGCUGAAAGAAACAGGCUGUCAAUUGACUGCUACACAUUUCUUCAGGCGUCAGGUAGUGAGGUUUUCACCAAGAUGAAACCUUGAUAACCCUACUAGUUGGCAUCCAUUACACAUGGACACUCACUGCACUUCUGUUUGUUGUAUUCCCUUCUAAGAGUUUUUAAGACUUCGUUUUAGACGUAUGUUUUGCAGCUCCAGGCUAUUUAUUUUUAGUGGACAAGGGGGUAAGAUGGCUCUUUUCAUAGUAAAGGUUGCCGACCCCUGGUCUAUCGCUAGUUGCAGCCCUACAUUGCAGGAGAGAUGUACCUCCCAGGGUCGUCUCCCUCACCAUGGUGAGUAUUCAUCCAGUACUGAUACCCUCACCCUCAUCCAGUCCAUUACAUUCUCCUCUGCUUAUCCGGGUCAUGGGGACAGCGGUCUCAGUAGGGAAGCCCAAAUUUCCUGGUCCCCGGCCACCUCCUCCUUAGCUCCACCGGGAGGACACCAAGGCGUUUUUCCAGACCAGCUGUGAGACAUACUAAUCACUCCAGCAUGUCCUAUUUCUGCACCAGGGUCUUCUCCCAGCUGAACAUGUCCAGAACACCUCACCAGGGAGGCGUCCAGAAGGCAUCCGGACUAGAUACCCUAGCCACCUCAACUGGCUCCUCUCGAGCCCCUCCUGGAUGACUGAGCUCCUGACCUCUUGGGGUGAGUCCAGCUACCCAACAGAGGAAACUCAUUUCAGUCGCUUGUAUCGUUCUUUCGGUCACGACCCAAAGCUCAUGACCGUAGGUGAGGGUGGGAACAUUUACAUAAUUACAUAAAUCACGGCAAUCCAGUACAGUGAUCAUUCAUUCAUUCAUUCAUUUUCUACCAUCUCGUCAUCAUGACAAGACAUCAUUAAGUUAACAAUGUAACAAAACAAUACAAUAAGACAAGACAAGUCAUCAACUAAACAACACAAAACUAGUCAUUCAUUCAUUUUCUACCACUUUAUGUUUUCCUCAUGAGGGUCGCGGGGGUGCUGGA